UCCCCACAAGUAAGUGAGAGGCGGCUGCUGGGAAAAUGCUUUGUGACUACGAAUCAUCUGUGCAUUCUUCGGAUGAUGGGAACUUGGAAGAUGUACGAAAACACACGAAAGCUGCUUCAAUGCACAAGGUAAACUAUAUUUUUUAGUGCGGGAAUCGUUAUGCGAAAAACAUCAUUGAUAUUGUAUGUCUGGAAAAUUCGUAUGGGUGAUCAUUUCUGAACAAACCCGAUGUAGUAGGGCCUAAAUAGCUAACUGAAACCUUUGGUUGGUUCUGUCCUAGAUGGUUGCUGUCAAACAACCGUAACGCGUGUCACUUAUGUAAGUAUCGAAAUCCGCUUCACUUGCUCCAGUGUUCAUGUGGUUCUUAGAACUUUUAAUCUUCACCGUUUGGUGUGAUAUCUUAAGUGGCUGGAAUUGCAAACAUCGGGUUGCAUGUUCGGGAUAAUGUCUCUUAAUCUUAAAACUGACACCGUGACCGUUAUUUAUUUCUGAGGAGUCGACUCUAGGUUUAAGUUCACUUUUGUGACUAAGUUGCAGUCCACUGCAGUUGGCAAACCUUAAUGUGAAUACAAAUGUCGGUCUACUAGCGAAAGUAGUUAUUAGCCUUUAUGAACCAGCCUUUGUCGUUCACUUGGAUUCUUUUUUCAACAUUCAAAUCGAUUACCAGCAAGUUUCGAAAACGUGUUCGAUACUUGUAGUAUUUGCGCGUAAAUUUAGCAGUGAAUUACAACUUCUUUGCUUUUAUAACUUCACUCAUUGCUCACAGUGUAUAACAGUUCCUAUGCCGUUCGGACCUUCGAUCUUCAGAUGACUCUGGUGUCUGAAUUCCGUUCUGCCAAGGCCUAAUGGUGUCAUAAGGACCACUGAAAUUUGUGGUAAACCAAAUGAGUGGAACUAACAGUGCGGUAAAGCGUGGGCUUGCAUCUGGAUUCGAGUCCCCUAAGAGCUCCCCUACUACUAUGUCCAGGUUACCUGCUUCGUAUGCUAUUGAUGGCAAAUGUCGAUCGUCAAGUAGAGAGCGCAGUCCUUCCCAUCGACAUCGCAAGAAAAGUCAUGUAUCUAGGUCCGAUGGUAGGAGUUCACGUAAACAUCAUGUGAGCUCCUCAAAACACAAGCGUUCCUCUCGUCAUUCGAAGCACAAACAUUCGUCUAAGAAACGUCAUUACCGUGAUUCCCACUGUCGAGAUCGCCAUCAUCAUUAUCGUCGCAAACACCGCCGUCGUAGUUCAACGUCAACCUCCAGUUCAUCCAGUGAGUCUAGUCAUGAAAGCAGAUCACAUCGCCGGACUAGUCUUGAUGACAAGAAUUCGUCACAAACUCUUUCAACAAAUCCUAAAGAUACUCCUGUUUGUCAAACAAAGACCGAAAGCUUAACUACUGUCAAUACAACUCUAGUACUUUCAACAACAGUAGCAGUCACGAGCAUGUCUAAUCCAUCUGUGAUUCCCAGUCAAGGUCCUGUUAAUCCUACUGUUCAGAGGCUUACAGCACAGGAUAUAUUAGAUAAAAUUCAGAAGCAUCAGCAAGAACAAGCGAAGGCCCAGGCGCUGGCUGCAGCGGCCGCUGCAAACCUACCAAAAUAUUACAACCCCACUACUGUUAAUGCGAUGAAACUGGCAGAGCAACAACAGAAGCGUAAACUGUUGUGGUCCAAGAAAGAUAGUGGCAGUACAAGCACUGAUAGUAAAACUCUGUGGACAACUACAUCUCUGAUUGCCGGCAAAGGUGAUUCAGCUGCUGCCGCUAAAUUCCGGAAGUUGAUGGGUAUACAUGAUUCUUCUGAUGAAGUUGUGGAUGGAAGUCAAACUCAUGUUAAUGAGACUGAGGCAUUAAGACGUGCAGAAGCGCAGGCAGAACUCUUCAGACGGCUUGAACAUGAAUAUGAAAUGUCGCGAACUAUAACUCACACUCAACGAGGUGCCGGUCUUGGUUUCAGCUCUGCAGGUCAUGUCGAUUAUAGUGCAUAUUCUGCGAUGCAAACUGAUAAAGACAAAAAUCCUAAUCUCUGAUUGUAAUUAUCUAAUUUCUUGUCCGUUGUACAGCUCAAUAUUACUUUUCCUCAGCCUUUUUUGGAAGUCAUGAACUGGCUGAUAUGAAGGACAGAAGGAUUUCAUGAUUUGUAACUGGUGCCGGUGGUAGUAUUUACUGCGUUUUCGUGCUGGUGUAUAUAAGUGCUUAUUACCCUGUGGAGUGCAAAAGUGUCUGUCAUGAGUGUUCGCUGACUCACCAUUUUCUUAGGUCCUCAUUAGGUUCUGUUGAUUUUUAUAAGAGUUCUCUUUUUAAAUUAAGAUCUUUAUGACAAACCUUGUAUUUCCGACCCCAAGAGACAGUUUUUUCCAUGUGAAAUUUCAGCAGUGUUACAGAACCAUCAGUUAAGCUUGUGACUUAAGGCAACAUCAUACAUCGAAACUUUGGCGUACCCAUUCUAAUUGCAUGAUGUCGUUAAUUAUGGCAGAUUCAUUUGCUGAAAUAAUUCUUGUAAACGCAUAAUGUACUGAUAAAUGCUAUUACACACAUGGGAUGUGAUUUAAUGAAUAAACUCUUAAAUAUUGACUGUUUUGCGCAUAAAUAAGUCUUUCUGUCACUUACAUUCAGUCUCAGAAAAAUCUAA